AUGCUUUCUAAAGCAGCUUCUAAUAAGUCAACCAAGUUAUUAUUCAUUCUCAAUAGAUUUCAAUCUACUACUACAACUAAAUUUUCAUUCAAUAAUUCGAAUCAAAGAACACAUCCUUUAACGUUAUUAAAUAGGAAACUAACCGGCGAAUUAAACACCACUAACGAUCUGGAAGCUGUAUACAAUGAUUUUAACACCGAACUUUCCAAAUUGAAUAAUAUAAAUUUGAGUAAAUCAUUCAGUUUAAAUCAAUUUAACUCUAAGAUAUUAAAAUUAUCAAUUGUCUCGACUGAUUCAAAACUAGAUCCUUACGUCUUACUGGAUAAAUUAUGUGAAUAUCAAUUAGCAAGAUCUCAACAUUUUGAAAUCUUAAUGAAUUAUUAUCUAGAUCAAAAAAGACCACAGGAUGUUCUCAACUUAUGGAUAAAAUAUCUUUCCAUGAUAACGGAAAAUCCAAACACUUUAAUGAUAAAUACAAGUGGUUCCAUGAAAAAUUUUAACUCAAAGAUAUAUAAUCCUCAUGAAAAUAUCAUUGCAAUAACUAUGGUUGCCUAUUUAUUGUUACCAAAUAAUAACCCUGAUCUAAAUACUUUAAACCAAAUUUUACAACUAGAUUCAAAUCAACAAAUAAUGGCUAACUUAACUGAGUUGCCGGUAAUAAAAGUCGAAGAACUUAUUUCCUCACGGUUAGAGGAUGAUGAGAAAGAUACCGCUAGAGAUAAUUUCAAUAACUUAGUGAGUCAAUAUAUGAAUUCUCAUCCCAAUUGGUUACCAGAUAAAAUUCAGAAUACCUACAGUUUGAGAAAAUUAAGAUCUCUGCAUAACUUGGCCAAAUCUAAUGAUAUUAAGGACACUGGAACGGUACUGAAACUAAUGGAAAGAGCGCUAGAUUUAGCGAGUCCAAGGUAUUCGAUUGACAUUUACUCUCAGUUUAAAGAUUCUGUGGUCGAUUUGUCAACCUUGAAUGAUUUUUUAUUGGUUGCAGUGGCAAAUUUAGGUUCAAAUUCUAAGAGAUACAAACUGACAAGAAUUCAGGCACUCUGGAAUGACUUAAUUAAGAAAAAUAUUACCGAAAACUCUUACACAAUGUUAUUUAAGGCGUUAUUACAUUCUAAAAAUUUUAAUGAAUUGGAAUCGGUCUGGAAUAAUGAAUUACCUGAAAAUUUUAAGGCAAAUCAGUUAAUCCUAGAAUCAUAUCUAAAUUCUAUCUUAAAUUUUCAAAAGGUCUCUUUCAAUGACAUCAAGGAUAAAUUGCCUAAUGAAAUUCAAACUUUAGAUCUAGUGAACAAUGUCCUAAAAAGAGUUCUCUACGAUCCAACUAUCAGAAACAGGAAAGUCUUCGACGAUUUUUAUACAAAAUAUUUCGAAAACAAACGCUUCACUCCAAAUAUUAUGACUGUAGCAACUAAAUUAUUUGCAGAUUUCAAAUAUACAAAGGAUAGAGAUUCAUUCAAGUUCAUGGCAAACAUUCCCCAAAAUUUCUCAGAAGAUUUUUCUAAAUUUUUGAUGGUCCUAGAAAAUUUUAUCAAGAUUUCACCAACGACGGAUCCAAUCCAUCAAUUAUUUAAUGAAGUUAAGUUACCUUUGAAUUCUAAAAAGUAUAAAAUUUUCAUUGAUGCAGAAUUCUUCAAAAACGAUGGUUCGACAGAGCUUGCAGAAGUUUUGUUUGAAGAAUAUCUCGAUCUAUUACACGAAACAAAACACUCUAACUUAUCAACUACCAUGAUGAAUCAGUUUAUAAGAGAAGUUCUGGAUUCAAUGGUGGUUGGAUAUUGUCAUGUUUUAAAGUUGAAAAGGCCCAUGUCACAAUUUCCAAAACUGGAAAAAUAUUAUAAGUUGUAUAAGGAAAUAAGCUGUGAUAUUCCUGUCCCUGUACUGAAAACACUAUUGGCCACUUUCAGGGUUGCAGCAUCAAAGCAAGGUUCAUUCUUGGCCGAUGCUGAAGUCAAGUUUAUAGAGCGUGUUCUACUGGACAUCAGUAAAGAUAAAAGAAGAUUCAGACCGAAUCAAAAGGACCUGGACACUUUACGGGAAAAAGGUAUCAAAAUUCCUGAGAAGCUUGAACAGAAGCCCUUGCAUGUGGAUCAGCCACCGAAUCCAACGGAGCAAACUGGCUGA